CAAAUACGAGGGAAGAUAGAAGUAACAUUACAUAAUAACAAGAUCAUUUGUAUGUAUGAAUUCUCUCUUCCCUAGUUUAAUUUAUUCUUCCUCUUCGGUUCAGUACAACAUAAAAUAUACAACCUCUACAGCUAACUUCUCUUCUUGAAUAACUUCAUCUAUUCAAUAUACGCAUCUUUUCCAUUCGUUAUUGCCAUAGCAUUUUAAGCAGUGUUUCGAUAUCCCCUUCAUUAAUUCCAUACAAUUCAGCCUUGUUUGCACAACUCAACUUCGACGAUAUCCCCACAGAUUUGGAUACCCUUGCGAGCAUUACUGUUUCACUGCUGGGAGAGAGAUUCAUUCUCAACCAUCGAUUUCCUGCUGCACAACAACGAAAUUAAGGUCGUGAUCAACUUUGGAACGUUUGCUGGGACGAGCGAACAAUUUUAGGACUUCGGAUUGAAUUGAGUUUUGACUUUUGGAAAGGAUUUCAAGCAAACAUACUGGGUUUUCGAUUCAUUCCCCGUAGGAUUUCAUUCCCUUCGGUCCGUCGGUUCGCUGCGAGAACAUUCGAUAGUUGGAGAGUACAAACCAACUUCUAUUACGAGCACCAACGAUUUAUACUCGAAUACGAAUUAUAAUAUACAUAAGAUGCGAUUCCCUAAAUCGGUAGCUUCUGCUGCCAUUGCGGUUUCAUUCUUUGCCGUGCCAAUCAUUGCUGCAACUACCGCAACAACAGCGGCUACAACGGCUACUUCAGAUCUACCAAAUCUCUCGAGUGUGGCAGCCUCGGAAGCUUCUGCGGCCGCAGCAUCAACGAGAACCACAACGUCAAGUGCCACAGCGUCAACUGGGACAACAACACCAGAGUCGAUUGCCGUAAUUACAGGUGGAUCUACAACCACUGGAAAAGCUUCUUCUACAUCUGCCUUACCAACAUUGGCUGGAGCAUAUACAAUCCCAGUGGCUUCCGUUCCUCCAACUUCGAAUGCGCCAUAUAUGCGAUCAUCAAGUUAUCCCGAAGGGACAGUUUUUAUUGCAGUGGGUGCAGUUCUUGGAUUUAUGGCGCUGUCUGUUUUAGCUUGGCGUAUGAUGGUUGCUUGGGCUUUGCACAGAUCCGUUAAACGCGCCGCCAGUCAACCAAGCCAUGUGGAUAAGAAACAAUUGUUCCAAGGUCCUCCAACACCAUUUUACAAGUACGCCGACAAGGAGUCCACGCUUUCGCUCGGAGGAGGAGGACUGGGUGGAAAAAGUGGCAAGAAGAGACCAACGACUGGCAAUGGAACACAAUCUCAAACAUCUCUAUUCUUCAGUCCUACGGCUCUUGCCGGUGGUAAUAAUCCAGGGAAUCGUACAUCGAAUUAUCUUCCAGCCGGAUACUACGCAGCAGGAAAUACAGUUCCAGGUGCGUAUCCUGGUGAUAGACAAAGUAUCAAUAUGUCAAAUCUUACUCCACAAGGAUACGCGACGCCUGCUAGCCCUACUCAUGGUACUCAUUUUGAAUCGAGUACAUCAGAUCUGAGGCAAAGCGAUGGAAAUGUGAGGGCACCCAGUGCAUAUUUGCAAGAUCUUUUCGAUGGCGAUAAUUCUCGCCAAGCGCCACAGCAAGGCGGGCGUGAUAGACGAUCUAUACGCUACUGACGUGAAUUAGGGAAGUUCCUGAUUAUUGGCUUAUGGGUUAUAUUGCUGUGUUACCAUUUUGUAAACUGCGAAUGAAUCGAAUUCAUAGGCGUUCUUUGAAUACAUGCAUAAAACAUGAAAGGUUGGUUUACAAUUACAAGGGUUUGAAAGUUUCAGAGUAGUUAUUAAUGAAUGGUGCGUACAUGCAUGAGAGGUUGGAGCGUUUUUUAUGGAAUGAUUUGAUGGUUUGAUGUCUAUUGCGGAUGCAUAUGAGGAUUGGGAGGCACUUUGUAAGAGUGGAGGUCAGGGCGAUGGUAACAGUGUGAGUGGCAAACGGAAAUGUUGCGCAGCUGGCCGUUAGCUUGUAUAUAGAUCGAUUGAUACGAUAGCGAGUUGAAAUGAAGGGAAGUUCUUGGAUUCUUAUUUACUAGCUUCAUAGAUGUAUAAUGGUGGUGAUACAUCUGCAAAGUUGCAGAAAGCCACUGAGCGUGAGGAAAGUCAAUAAAUCAUAAUUUAUAAAAACUUUAUUUCUACAUCUUUC